GCGCCCCAAUGCCUGGACCGACCCAAGCGCUGUCCCCAAAUGGCGAGAACAACAACGACAUCAUUCAGGAUAACGGCACCAUCAUCCCUUUCAGGAAGCACACGGUGCGAGGGGAGCGUUCCUACAGUUGGGGAAUGGCGGUCAACGUGUAUUCUACCUCUAUAACCCAAGAAACUAUGAGCAGACAUGACAUCAUUGCAUGGGUGAAUGAUAUAGUAGCUUUAAACUACACAAAAGUCGAACAACUGUGUUCAGGAGCAGCUUAUUGCCAGUUCAUGGAUAUGUUGUUCCCAGGGUGUAUUAGCUUGAAGAAAGUAAAAUUUCAAGCAAAGCUGGAGCAUGAGUACAUUCAUAACUUCAAACUUCUGCAAGCAUCAUUUAAAAGAAUGAAUGUGGAUAAGGUUAUUCCAGUGGAGAAAUUGGUAAAGGGGCGCUUCCAAGACAACUUGGAUUUCAUUCAGUGGUUUAAAAAGUUCUUUGAUGCUAACUAUGAUGGGAAAGAAUAUGAUCCCGUGGAGGCCCGGCAAGGCCAAGAUGCUAUUCCACCACCCGAUCCUGGUGAACAAAUCUUUAAUUUGCCAAAAAAAUCCCAUCAUGCGAACUCCCCAACAGCAGGUGCUGCCAAAUCAAGUCCAGCUUCAAAACCAGGAUCGACACCAUCUCGUCCAUCAUCAGCAAAAAAGACACCACCUAGUAGCUCAGCCUCCAAAUCUGAUAAAGACUUGGAGACACAAGUUAUACAGCUCAGUGAACAGGUACAUUCAUUAAAACAUGCACUUGAAGGUGUGGAGAAGGAAAGGGAUUUCUAUUUUGGCAAAUUAAGGGAGAUUGAGCUUCUCUGUCAAGAACAUGGGCGGGAAGAUAAUGACCUUGUCCAGCGGCUAAUGGAAGUCCUCUACGCUUCAGAAGAACACGAGAGCCAGACGGAAGACCAUGAAGGCGAGGAACAGGUUCACGAACAGCCCCAACAGCAGGAAGAGUACUGACCAGCUGGCACAUUUGAUAAUUUUCAUUUUGUGUGGGAACUCUCUUCUGAAGAAUAGAACGUGUGUGGCCUCAGACUUGAAACCAACCACUCUCCGUCUGCAAUUAACAUAAAUGUUCCAUAGUGAGUGCCAGCCAGUCGCUGCAUUCCGUGCCCAUCCUUUGCCAAGAUGUUUUUUGCAGAAGUCUUCUGUCGGCGUUAUGCACCUGAGAAGGUCUCCAGGCUGUGAUCCCAGUUUCUACCACUGCAACUUCACAAUUUGGCUGCUUGAGAUUUGUUCAGCUUUUUUUAAAAAUAUAUAUAAAUAUAUAAUAUAUAUUUAUUUUUUCCUUUUGUCUUAAGUAUGAUACAUUUGUAAUUUGAUCAAAACUAUUUAUAUGGGCAUCUCUUAUGGCAAA